GAUUGGUUAGAAGUGUAAAUAACGAUCACGUCGCCCGGCUAGAAGCUUACGAUGACUGGAUCCCUGUGCGUAGCGAUUUUCGUCGCAGGUCUCCUAAUCCAAAAUGUCGUCUGUUCUCAGUCAAACCUGAACGUAAGGGACACAAAGAGGGAAAACCGUUGCUAUGGGAAUCUUGGCUGCUUUUCAAACGAAGGCCACUUUCAGGGAAUGAAUUUGCCCAAUUCUCCGACUGACAUUGGUACCAGUUUCCACCUGUUCUCACAUUCCAAGCCGCACGGCGCAGUCAUUAGUCCCUCUAACCCACAAUCUAUUACCAAGGCCCACUUUCAGGCCUCCAAAUCGACCAUAUUCGUUAUACACGGCUACUCACAGAACUCCGCGGCCAAAUGGGUCGUACAAAUGAAGGACGCUCUGCUGAAAAAGGGUGAUUAUAAUGUGAUAUUGGUAGACUGGGCGAAAGGUGCUGCAAAACUGUACGACGACGCUACAGCCAAUCUGUAUGUUGUUGCCAUGGAGUUGGUUAACCUAUUGAAACACUUGGAGCAACACCACUCCCACCCAUAUGACAACGUUCAUCUGAUUGGUCACAGUCUUGGGGCUCACCUGGCAGGCUACGUGGGGUCAAAGCUGGGCAAAGUUGGACGUAUAUCAGGGUUGGACCCUGCCGAGCCCAACUUUAAAGGAAAAGACAAAUCCAUUAUUCUAGACCCGUCGGAUGCUCAUUUCGUGGACGUCAUUCACUCGGACGGAACGCCAUUUGUUGGAUUACAAGGCUUCGGAUUAGCAAACCCGGCAGGUCACGUGGACUUCUACCCAAAUGGCGGUCAGCAUCAGCCGGGAUGUUCCCAGGACCCGUUGGGAAGUGCAAUCGGCGACAUCUUACAUGGAGGACUGUCAGGUGUGUCGAAAGACCUCUCCUGUAGUCACGGGAGGUCGCAUGAUUUCUAUGUGGAAUCCAUCUUGUCUCAUUGCCCAUUUCGCGGUCACCCAUGUAACAGUUUUGAGGAUUUCAGCGCCGGAAAAUGUACGGGAUGUGGGAGUCACGGAUGUGCGAUGAUGGGAUUUCCAGCCCACAGUCAAGGGCCCAAGGGCAAAUUCUACCUUGCAACCAGACCAAAGACCCCGUAUUGUGGCUAUGAAUAUUACAUCGAGUUGCGAAUGGCUAGUCGAAACAUGGAGAUUACUUACGGAGAUGUCUUCGUCACGCUGAUUGGCUCCAAAGGACAAAGUGAAGAGACGAGGUUUUUGCGAGGGUCUCAGAAGUUAGCAAAGGGGACAACUGAACGCUAUGUUGUGUCUGUGGCUAAAGACGUUGGAACCAUUUCUCAGGUCAAGAUAAGAUUUAAUCGUGUCACUGGAUUUGUGGCGUUCGGGACAACAGACGACUUUGCUGUGCACAGCGUCACAGUGAGACCGGAAGCGGGAGGAUCUAGUCGAAAAUUGUGUGGACAUGAUGAGUUAGUACAUGGAACUCGUGCGCUGACAUCACAGUCCGGCUGCUGAUCACGUGAUCAUUUCCAUGCAGAAGUUUAAAAGUUCAUGAAGUCUUAAUAAGUAUACCUAAUAUAUU